AUGUUAGGUGCAUCGAGCGACAGUUUCUACUUCACCGUCAAUCCGAACGAUCAGGAUGUCGAGGAAGGCCAACCAUUGCGAUUGCGUUGUGCGGUUACCCCGUCCAAAGAUAUCUACUAUUCGUGGCUCCAUAACGGGACGCGAAUCAAUAUGGACCGGGAAAAUGGUCGACGUUAUUUGGAAGUCGACAGUAACUUGCAAAUUCUACACGCUGACCGCGAAUUGGACCAGGGUCUGUACCAAUGUCAAGCCCUCAAUCGUUCGUCCACAUUUACCACGGCCAGUCAAGAGGCAAAGAUUAAUAUAUAUUGGAUGGAGCCAGAUGUCCGCGUGGUCCUCGUGAAACCGACUCAGUACGAGGAUAUUCGAUUUGGACAAGAGGUGGAAUUUGCCUGUGAUGCAGAAGCAAAUCCACCGCUUGGACAAGCCAACAUAAAGUGGUAUCACAACGGAAAUGCCUCCGCUCUGAAUGGUGUUCAGCUAUUGGAUUCGGACUCAAAGCUGGCAAUCAGCAAUUUUGACCAUCACCACACAAACUAUUAUACGUGUGAGACCAGUUGGCCGGGGUCGCCAGAGAAAUAUGUGUUUCUAUUCCAAGUGGAGAUGGCCACACUGUAUACACCGAAACGCUCAGAUUUCUCACCACGAUUGAAAAAGAAUCAACCUUACGUUGUUCAAAUUGGAGCGGAUGCUGAGCUACGUUACUAUUUUGACCAAUCACCAGCUAAUUCAUUUGCCACUGAUCAUAUGUCCAAUCCAGCCCCGAUGCUACAGUAA